AAACAAAUUGAAUACUUAUUAUUCAACAAUAAAGAUAUAAUAGAGCAGUUAAGAAAGAACUUAAAAUAAAUAAUUUAAAUCUUUUUAUUAACAAUAGUACAUCAUUUUAAAUUGUUCUUUUAUUAAUUAGAAUAUUGAAAUUUAUUUGAGUAUGCCCUUGUUUUACACUAUAUCUCAAUACUGUUGGUAACUAAUAUGGCGGAAUAGAUAGAUGUUGAUUCUUCAAGAUCCGGAUUUCUUGGAUUCAAAUAUUUCUACAUAAUAGAAUUUUUAAGAAGAAACAAGUUAGCUGUUAUUUAUAUCAUUAUUAAUACGUGUUGUAAUUAUCAUUGAGGUUACGUGUUGUGUUGUACUUAAUUGUACUAAAUAUUAACAAUAAGUGCGUAUAUUACUUAUUAGAGCAGUCUACUUGGCAAACAACUGUAACUUCGAUUUUUAACUUAAAUGUAUUAUAAGUGUCAUUUACAAAAUCAAGAAAUAUAUAAUAUAAAUUUUUAAAUUAUUUUGAUUUUAAAUAAAGAUAAUACGACUUACGUAAUGAGAGUGUUAAUAUCAAUAUUAUAUAUUCCAUCGAAGGGUUAAGAGGUGCGUUUAUUUUUUAUUUAAAAUUUAAUAUAAUAAAGAAUAGUUAUAAUUAUAUUAAGUAUAUGAUUAAAAAAAAUUAAAUAUAUUUAAUAAUUUAAGUUUCAUAAUAUGUUAAUUCGUUUCAAUAUAUUUGUAAUAUGAAUAUUUUAUCAAAAAAUGUGAUUUUUACUAUUUACAUAUAUUUUAAACAUAAAAAUUAAAAUAAUAAAAUGACAAUAAAUUUUGAAUCAAUUUAAUAUUAUCUUAAUUUCAUCAUAAAUUAAAAAUAUUUUAAAAAUAUUUAUUGUGUAAAUUUAUUUUGAUGUGAAAGAUAUGAAAUGUCAAAUUUCAUUGAUUUCAUAAAUUUUAUUGAAUUAACAUUCAAUAGUUAAGUUAAUCUUUCAGAAACAUGUGUGAUUUACCAAAAAAAAUGAAAGAUUCAAGUGUUAAGAACAAUGUGCAAAAUGAAUCAAUGGAUCAGUUUUGUCCAAAACAAAGUGCUGAUAAAAAAGAAUCUAUAUUAAAAAGUACAAAUGAAGAUGUUCAACGUGCAAUUGAAGGUUUAAAGGAUAUACCAGAUGAGGAACUUCAAGAAUUUCUUGACGAUGAAGAUUUUAUGGAAGGUUUAGAUGUUGUUGAUGCUUGGGAAGGUGAUGAAGAAAAAGGUCGUGAUGUUGAAUUUAAGACUAGCCAUAUCAAAGAUCAAGAACAAAAACGUCCUUCUAGGGAAAGAUAUCGGCGUGAUUAUAAAGGAUCUUAUAAUCGUGAAAGACCAAAGAGAGAUGAAAAAAAACAUGAAGAAAUUCGUCGUGAUCCUUCUAAAAGCACAAAAGAUAUAGAAAGGGAUAAAAUACGUACAAAAAGAGAUAUUGAAAGCAAACUUUUAGCUGAAAAGGAAAAAGCUAUUAAACAUUUGUUAGAUUCUGACAAUGUUGUACCUCCAGGUACAGAAACAGAAGCCAUUCAAAGCAUUACAGAAAUGCAUAUUCGUAGAAGCCGAGAACGACGUAGAAGUUUAGAACGUCAAAGAGGAAGUUCAUUACGACGUAGGACUCCAGAUAGAAUUAGGAUAAAUUCUCCUCGGCGAAAAUCUCCAUUAUUAUUAAGUCCAGAACGUUGUAGAAGUACUCUCAAAAUGAGUAAUGAAAGACAUCGAAGUCCAUUGAGAUUUAGUCCUGAUAAAAGAAGAAGUCCAAGAUUUAAUUGUACUCGUAGAAGUCCUUUUGGAUUUAGUCCAGAACGCCGAAGAAGUCCAAUUAGACGACUUAGUUGGGAACGAAAAACAAGUACAGAUAGAAGAUGGAGUGCUGAACGACACAGGAGACGUAUAAAUAUACAUGAACGCCGAAGAAGUCGAUCUCGUGAUCGACAACGAAGUCGCAGUAUGGAACGUCUUAGAAGAAAGAUCAGUCGUUCACCAAUUAGUAGACGAUAUAGUCCACGUCGUCGAAGUCGAACUCGAAGUAGAUCAUUAGAACGUCGAAGAAAGCGAUCUCCCUUUAUUAAUGAACUUACAAGGCAAUUAAGAAAUGAAGCUAUAAUGACAUCACAUAUGAAUACCGGAUAUGCACAUCCUUCACCUAUGGAUGGCAUAUCACCUUUAAUAAAUAAUGUAUAUCAACAAGAAACAGAGCCUAGAUCAUCAAUGUCAAUGCCAUCUUAUAUACAUCAAACUGUAUUGGCACCAUCAAUAUCAUCAAGUAUAACAAAUAGUGGCCCAGCAUUUAUAAAUUAUGAAAAUUCAUCUCAACCAAUGAAUUUUGAUUCAGUUUCGUUACAUCCGUUACCUCAAACUGAAUAUGUUUCUGGUCCAGUAAUGUAUAAUCAAUCAAAUACUAGUUCAAUUCAACCAACACAUCGACCACCACUUCUUCCAGCACCAAUUUCUUCACCACAACAUGAAUCAACUGCAUCUACAGUAGAACAUGUACAAACAUAUAAUUCAUCUCAUGGCAUUCCUUCUACUCGUCAAUCUCCAAUUCAAACUUUUGAAUUUUCAAAUAAAUCUAAGGAUGCAAUCUCUCAAAACUAUAGAGAACGCAGAUUUACAGAUUCUUAUAAUGGAUAUCAUGCUUCACAAGAAGAACGAUUAAAGACACCUGAACCACCAGUCAUCUCAGAUACAAAACAAUUUGAAAAAACGAGUUUAUCCAGUCUAUUGGAAGCGUCUGUUUCUGCAAAAGAUUCAACUAGUCUACCUGUCUUGUAUCCAGGAUUCAAACCAGAAAUAUUAAAACACUGUGAACAUGCUUUGCGCGAACUUCCUGUGGAAGAUCUUCGUUUAAAAAUGAAAGGACGAUUUUUUUAUGAUCCAAAGAAAGAAAACAUACGAAGUGAUCAAAACAUAUAUUCAUCAAACUCUUUACUUUUGCAAAAAACUAAAAAUAAAAUAUAUUGGGAAGAAGAAGAAAGUCAACAUUUAACUUCUAUAAAACAGAAUAUACAAAUGCAUCAAAAAAUUUGUCAAACUGAUGAAAUAGAGACAAAUACGAAAUUUGUUCAAGCGAGUGUUACUAUGGUAGAUUUUGAAGUACAAGUAUAUCCUCAAGAUUUACAAUAUGCUAUUAAAGAAGAAAAAAGACCUAUUAUGGAUCGUCUAGAUUGGAAUGUGCGUGAAAUGUUUGAUUAUACACCUAAAUUUCGAGAGGCUGAUGAUUUGAGAUGGAGUUUAAGUAAUUCUUCUCAAAAAAGGACUUGGAAUAGAACAAUAUCUCCUUCUAGAAGGAUUGAUGAUCGUGAACAUCGUAUAGAUUCUGUAUCUUCUUUAGAUCAUAGUUCAAGAAAUAUGAAAUUAGGAUCUCCAAUAAGAAACCGAGAUAAUUUCUCCAGUCAUAAAGGAUCUUUACAAGAUCAUUAUGGUCGUGAAAAAUAUUCGCCUAAUUAUAGACAUUCUUUAGAAGAACAUGAUGAAUUUCAUGAAAAUAGAAGUGAUCAUAGUCGUGGUGAAAGUCCAAUGAUAUUAGAAGAUUCUGCAGAAGAAUUAGAAUUGGAACACACAUUCCAAAGAGGAAAUGAUUGGCAUGGAAGAGGAAAAUUAACAAGAGGUAGAUCAAGUCCAUUAAUGAAACAUGUGUACAGAAGAAAGCAUUCAGGAGGAAGAUCUUAUCGUGGGCGUGGAAGUUUUCGUGGAAAAUUCUAAAAUUGAUUGUGUAAAGCAAAAAUCUUAAAUGUAGAAUUAUGUAAUCAAAUAUAUUAAUAUUUCAAAAAAAUUGUAAUCUAUUCUUGCAAAAAUUUGAAAUGAAUUUAUGACUUUUUUAAAAUAUUAAAGUUUUGCAUUAUGUAUUAAAUUUAAAAGAUAUAUUAAAAUUUAAAAAAUUAUUAAAUAAUUUAUGCUAAAGAAUAUUUUAAAUACAAAUUGAAUUUAAACAUUAUAUAAUAAAUUAAAUGUAUAUUCAUAUAAACAUUCAUUGCACAAAUAUUAUGUUUGUGAAAUUGUAUAUUAUAAAAUUUAUAAUGUUUACAAAUAAUGUUUUUAAAUAAACAAAUCAUCUGACAAUAUGAACAGUGUAAAAAAACCAUUGUUUAUUAGUAACAUUAAAUAAUUAAAAUCGGAAGCAAAAUAUGUUUACAUAUAAAUUUUACAUAUUAUAUUAACUUAUUUUAUAAAUAUUAUUAGUCAUUUUCAUAUAUGUAACUAAAUUGUUUCAUUAAGAUAUUAAUAUUAAUCAUAUUAAAAAUCAUAAUAGAAAUAAAAAAAUAUACAUAAAGUCUUUUAAUUAUGAUAAAAUGAUUAAUAUGCAAAAAAAAAUAUUUUUGAAAAUAUAAAAUGUAUUAUUUUUAAAUAACUUAUUUUCAUUUUAUAUAUUUAUAUGUGUAUAUAUAUAUAUUAAAUCUUUCAACUUUUCUCAAAAUAAAAUAGUUUAUUUUCUGUAUAAAAAAAAGUAAAUGAUUCUGUUAUUUAGGAUUUUAUGCAUAUUUGUGUAUGUGUAAAAAAAACUAAAUAAUAAAAAAUAUUAGUAAAAUAUUAUUUUUUAUUAAAUAAUAUUAUUUUAAAAAAUAUUAUUUUUUAUUAAAUUUUUAUAUUUUUUAAACAAGAUUAAUUAUAAAUACAUCAUAAAACAAAAAAUACUUUAAGGUUACAAAAUUCUCCUAAAAUAUUUCAACUGAAUAUAUUUACAUUAUUACUUUAAAUAAUAAUUUAUUAUGUAAAAAAAAUUAUAUUUUUUAAAGGAAAGGAAUGAAAUAAUAUAAAUUUUAUUUAUAUAUACUUCUUAUAUUUUAAUUAUAAUAACAAUAUAUUGUAUAUAUAUAUAUAUAUAUAUAUAUAUAUAUAUAUAUAUAUAAAUACAUCAGUAUCUGCUCAUUAAAUAAAUUGUAAAUAAAUAUGAAAUAAUCAAUAUGUCCUAAUAACCUGUAAAAUACGCUUAAAAUCAGUAACUUUAAAUACGAAUAACUUUUGAACCAGUCAAUUCUUAAAUUUAAAAUUAACAUUUUUAGAUUCUAUCAAAAAAUAUUAAAUAGCAUAAAAAAAUUAAUUUUUAUCAAAAUAAUCAAAUGUAAUUGCUAAAAACAUCUUAUGAAAAUACAAGAUUAUUACUAAUUAUUAUUCCUACUAAAUUGAUUGAUUAUAGACUUUUUUAUUGAAAUGUCGAAUAAAAACAUUUGCUGAAUUCA